CUGCUCCCGACUCCUAUUAAUGCCCACCAUGCUACUCCCAUUUUCCACCACUCAAACUCCAUCUCAAGCUUCCAAGCUAACCAAAAGCACAUUCUUCUUUCUCAUUCAACCAUGGCUGCCUCAACAAUGGCCCUCUCUUCCCCAUCACUGGCCGGAAAGGCAGUGAAACUGGCACCAUCCUCCCCGGAACUCCUCGGGGUAGGAAGGGUGACCAUGAGAAAAACCUUCGGCAAGCCCAUUCCUUCCGGAAGCCCAUGGUACGGCCCAGACCGCGUCAAGUACUUGGGUCCAUUCUCUGGCGAGCCCCCAUCCUACCUCACCGGUGAAUUCCCCGGUGACUAUGGUUGGGACACUGCUGGGCUCUCGGCUGACCCCGAAACCUUUGCCAAGAACCGCGAGCUCGAGGUGAUUCACUGCAGGUGGGCCAUGCUUGGCGCUCUUGGAUGCGUCUUCCCCGAGCUUUUGGCCCGUAACGGUGUUAAGUUUGGCGAGGCUGUUUGGUUCAAGGCUGGUGCACAAAUCUUCAGUGAGGGUGGGCUUGACUACUUGGGCAAUCCCAGCUUGAUCCAUGCCCAAAGCAUUUUGGCCAUUUGGGCUUGCCAAGUUAUCUUGAUGGGUGCUGUUGAGGGCUACCGUAUUGCAGGAGGCCCACUCGGAGAGGUCGUCGACCCGCUCUACCCAGGUGGAAGCUUCGAUCCUUUGGGCCUUGCUGAUGAUCCAGAGGCAUUUGCAGAGUUGAAGGUGAAGGAGAUCAAGAAUGGAAGACUAGCCAUGUUUUCCAUGUUUGGGUUCUUUGUUCAGGCCAUCGUGACCGGAAAGGGACCGUUGGAGAACCUGGCUGACCACCUCGCCGACCCAGUUAACAACAACGCCUGGGCUUACGCCACCAACUUCGUCCCCGGAAAGUGAGCUUAAGAAGAGACGUUCUGUAUCCAUCAUGUUGCAGUGAUCGUGUAAAUUUGUUGUCAACUAUGAGAAUGAAUUUUGUGAUUUAAUGUUAAUCCCAUGGUUGGUUUUUCUUUGAA